AUGGUCCCCCUGCCCUUUGUCCACUAGGCCAGAUGGAGGGAAAGGGAGAUUGGAUUCCCCUCCCCACCCACAUACAUCCAGGUGCCAAGAGACUCAGCUGAGGGGGGAGGUGUAGGUCAGUGGGACCCAUAUGAGCCGAUUACUGAAAGGGGGAGAAUAUCUGCUUUGAGAUGGGGGAAGGGCAGGCUCAAUUACCCCCACCCCCACCAACACACACACACACACACCCUAUCCCUUUCCUAGUAAAGGAGUUAAUGGCACUCUGACUCUAGCUCCAAAAGGAAUUUGGCAGGAGAUUUGAAGGAUCACGGGACAGGUUGUUUAAGGGCCAAACGGCUCUCAUGCGCCUCCUCCAGCUGGUCGGGUAGCCUCUCCUGGGAGGACCAGGACCAGGGUCGGACAGUGCGGACGCCGGAGGUAGCGGGUCUAGGUGGGCUGGACCCCGGAGUGAAGGAUGGUGAAGAAGCAAGAGCCGGGGCAGGGCGGAGGGCCGUGGGACAGAAGCCGGGAGGCGCGGCCAAGACUGAGAUGAAGGCUGCGGGGAGCUCCGCAGAAGCGCUGGGCGGGAAGGACAGGCCGGGAGAGAGCCAUGCAGGGAGGAUCCGGGGCCCCUGCUGAUGUCACUCGCAGUUGUGAGCGGCCGCCUUUCCCGGGGACAAUGUGGGACUGAGCGGCCCAGCCGCUGCCGCCGCCGCAGAACAGCCCCAGCGAGAGCCAGCUGAGCCACAGUGUGGACACACUCCCAGGCCGCCGCGGCCCCAGCCCCGCCUGACAGGAUGAGCAGUUCAGAUGCGGGGCUGGAGGAGGGGCCAGAGCUUAGUAUUACCCUCACCCUGCGGAUGCUGAUGCAUGGGAAGGAAGUGGGCAGCAUCAUUGGGAAGAAGGGAGAGACUGUAAAGCGAAUCCGGGAACAGAGCAGUGCCCGGAUCACCAUCUCGGAGGGCUCCUGCCCUGAGCGAAUCACCACCAUCACAGGCUCUACGGCUGCCGUCUUCCACGCAGUCUCCAUGAUUGCCUUCAAGCUGGAUGAGGACCUUUGUGCUGCUCCUGCAAAUGGUGGCAGUGUCUCCAGACCUCCAGUGACCUUGCGCCUUGUCAUCCCUGCCAGCCAGUGUGGAUCACUGAUUGGGAAGGCAGGCACCAAAAUCAAGGAGAUCCGAGAGACUACAGGAGCCCAGGUGCAGGUGGCAGGGGACCUGCUCCCAAAUUCCACAGAGCGUGCUGUCACUGUGUCUGGGGUGCCUGAUGCCAUCAUCCUGUGUGUGCGCCAGAUCUGUGCUGUUAUUCUGGAGUCCCCACCCAAAGGAGCCACUAUCCCGUAUCAUCCGAGCCUCUCCCUAGGUACUGUCCUCCUCUCGGCCAACCAGGGUUUCUCUGUCCAGGGUCAGUAUGGAGCAGUGACCCCUGCAGAGGUCACCAAGCUCCAGCAGCUCUCAGGCCACGCCGUUCCCUUUGCAUCACCCAGUGUGGUGCCAGGAUUGGAUCCCAGCACACAGACCAGCUCACAGGAGUUUCUGGUUCCCAAUGAUCUGAUUGGCUGUGUGAUCGGACGCCAGGGCAGCAAGAUCAGCGAGAUCCGGCAGAUGUCGGGGGCACAUAUUAAGAUCGGGAACCAAGCGGAGGGCGCUGGGGAGCGGCAUGUGACCAUCACCGGCUCACCGGUCUCCAUCGCCCUGGCUCAGUACCUCAUCACUGCCUGGGCCACCGCCGGGCUUGGCGGCCUACACUGCCAAGAUGGCAGCGGCCAAUGGGAGCAAGAAAGCUGAACGGCAGAAAUUCUCCCCCUACUGAGGCCGGCUGAGGCACCGGCAGGGGCAGGCAGGACCGCCGGCAGGGGCUGCCUCCACAUCCUUCCUGCCCAAGGAGACUCCACCAUGGGGUCCCAAGCGCCAGUAAUGCCAGACGCAUGGAUGCACCCCCUACCCUGCCCCAUCUUUGGAGAUCCUCCUCUGAGAGGGGACAGUUUCUGGCCCAGGGUUCUAGGAGUAGGGCAGCCCCAGGGCAGGGGUGGGGCCCCACCCCUUCAGACCUAUGCUUGGAUGCAGAGAAUGGCCAGGGGCUCUCCGGAGCCCUGCUGUGGGAGGGGUUACUCAUGUCCCCUCCAUCCCUUUGGGCUUCAUCCUGCUGUCCCAGUGGGAAUUGGAGGAGAGUGAGGGGCGGCCAGGGCCAAGCUUCCCCUCAUCCCUUGCAGAUCCUGCUGCUUCCACUGAUACCCUUUUGACUGGAAUAGACUGGCUGGGCUUGUCUGGGGGAGGGCAACCCAAAGCGAGGGCUCUGCCUGUAGGUGUGGCCUGGAGGGCAGGGGCCCAGUCUCAGCAGCAGACACUCUGUACAGUUUUUUCAAUCCCUGUUUUUGAAUAAAUAUUCUCAGCGACCAGAAA